AUGUCUGUUGAAACUGUGGCCGAACGACGUAGAAAGGUGAGAAUAAAUGUUUUUUGAUUCGAUUGAACGCUGCAGAAAAAAAUUGAUGAUCAGUUUAUUCGAUAUUUAUGUUUACAUAAAUAUUUCGUAAAGGUCAUAGAGAAAAAUGACGAACAGAUAGAAUAGAUUAAUAUGAGUCAUGAUUUUUUUUGGUUGAAAAAAAUCAUUGAAAAACCAAGAGGAUUUCUGUGGUUUUUUCCCCGAAAAAAAAACACAUUGACGUUGAAAAACUCCCCGGGGAAUUUUGAAGUUUUUUUUCUUUUUUUUUUUUUUGAAAAAAUGGAAUCGAAUUUCACAUAUGUGUUGAAAAUAUCAAUUUCAUUGAGAAAUACGUCCUCAAAAUUUUGAAUCUCGAAUUUUUGUUUUGAAAAUAAUAGAAAGUUAUAUUUUAGGAAUUCGGGUUCACACCCACUUGAACUGGGUUUAAGUUAUGACGUGGCAAAGUUUUUUGGGAAAAAAUUACAGAAAAAACACAUUUUCACAAGGAAAGAAAAAUUAUAGAAAUUUUUUCGAAAUGAUUUUUAAAUGGGGUGGAACUAGUUCACUCAGAAAUUUUUUUGUACGAGUUCAGCACGUUUUGUGCAUUUGUACGCGUUCAGUCCUAUUAAGUACGCUUUCAAACUUAUGCGUGUACACGAUCAGUCUUUUUAGCUGUCUUAUAUCAGGAACUGAACGCGUACAAAUGCAAAAAAGUGUUGAACGGGUACAAAAAAGGUGCAGAACUCGUACAAAAAAAUUCCUGAGCACGUUUUGAUAUGACGUGGCAAAUUUUGAAAAAAAAAUUUGAAUUUCUUUGUUAGGAAGAAUUUUUUAAUCUGAAUUUUGAGAGAAACUUUUGAACUCCAAAUAAAAAAAAUUCCGGAUGGGAAUCUAUUUUUACAUGCAAGUUUAUUAUUUGUUGAAUUUUGCCACGUCAUUUUGAGAGUUUAACUAAAAAGUUAUAGAUUUUUUUGGAAAUUCCCUCUCGAGAGAAGUUCUCAAAAAAAUUUCCUUUCCAGUGUCUCCUUGGAGAUUUGCCUCCACAUUUUCUCCGUCUCGCCAUUCCAACUCCAGCUCCCGAACCUGUCGCGCAACCCGAAAUCGUUCAACCGCGCCUUGUUAGUUUCGUGCCACCAAACACUCGCGGUCGAAUCUCAAUCACAAUCCACGAAGCAAACCUCGUCAAAAAUUAUGGCAUCGUUCGAAUGGAUCCAUAUUGUCGAGUUCGAGUCGGAAAUGUUGCAUUUGAUACAAAUGUGGAUGGAAGUGGUGGACGAUCGCCAGCCUGGAAUCGAACACUCAACGCAUAUUUGCCAAUGAAUGUGGAGAGUGUUUAUGUUCAGAUAUUUGAUGAGAAAGCGUUUGGACCAGAUGAGGUGAUUGCGUGGGUUCAUAUUAUUUUGCCGACUGAGAUUUUCAAUGGUGAUACUGUUGAUGAUUAUUUUCAAAUGAGUGGACCACAAGGAGAAGGAAAAGAGGGAAUGAUUCAUUUGACAUUCUCGUUUCAACCAAUUGAAAUGCCAGCUGAUGUUAAUCCACCACCACCACAACGUGAGUUUUCUGGGGCUUAAAGAAUUCCUCAAAUUCCCUCAAAAACUCAUAAAUCAAAUAUUUUUCAGCAGUUGAGAUCACCGAUGAAGACACCAAGGAAAUCGAAUCAAUGUUCCCAUCGAUUGACAAAGAAGUUAUCCGAUGUGUUCUUGAAGAACGACGUGGAGAUAAAGAAGCAACGGUUGCUGCACUUCUUGAAAUGACUUCUGAUGCUAAUUAA